GUUCACUCAAUAGCCAAGAGAAAAUCUGGGAAUGCUUCAGAUCAUGCAUUCAGGUCCUGAAGAACUAACAGAUGACCAUUCAUCAGACUACAGAGGGUUUUCAUUGCAUCCAGACUGGAAUUAGCCCAAAGAUAAUACUCGGGGUGGACAAUGAACAACACUGCUAAGUGCCAUGAUGAUCACACCUUGGAUAAGUAUUUGUUUCCAUUUGUGUACAGCACUGUGAUGAUCAUCAGUAUUCCCAUCAACUGCAUAUCCCUCUAUGCAUCUUGCAUUCAGGUGAGAAAAAAGAAUGAGUUAGCAGUCUACAUCUUCAGCCUAUCCCUGGCUGACCUUCUGUACUCUCUGAUUCUGCCUCUGUGGAUAGACUAUGCCUGGAACGGUGACAACUGGAGGUUCUCUGCCUUGCUUUGUCAGAUUUCUGCAUUCCUUAUGUAUAUGAAUUUCUACACCAGCACCGCGUUCCUUGCUUGCAUCUCUGUUGACAGGUACUUGGCAUUAGUUCACCCCCUGAAGCUCCAGCACUUGCGCACAAGAAGAAUUUCAUUGUUUGUCAGCAUACUUGUCUGGCUUUUGGAAAGUGUCUUAAAUUCAGCCAUACUGGUGAACAACGAAGUGUUCAAUGAUCCUUGCAAUUUCACUAAUCAUACAUUAUGCUAUGAUAAAUACCCCCUGGAACAGUGGCAGUCACAGAUGAAUUUAUUGCGCAUAUGCUCAGGGUACCUGCUUCCUUUGAUAAUCAUUGUGUUUUGCUACCAUAAAAUCUACCAAGUAGUGAGAUGUAAUCAAGCCACAGUAGAUGAAGAAAAGAAAAAAGUGAAGAAACUUAUUCUGAAUAUCAUAGUUACUUUCAUUGUUUGCUUCACUCCUUAUCACAUUGUAUUGCUUAUUCGCAGCAUCAAAGAACCUUACACCAAAGACCCACAGAUUUUGCUGCUGAUGUAUAAGGUUUACAGAAUCACACAGGCCUUAACAAGUUUGAAUUGCAUUGCUGAUCCCAUUCUUUACUGCUUUGUGAGUGAAACUACACGAACAGACAUACUGAAUUUACUCAGGUGUUGCUUGUGCCUACAAAAGUAUGAGGGAGACCAAACAAAAGACCUUUGUCUGUACAGUUCUGCUACAAAGAGCAGUGCACUAAUCACCUACAGAACUUCCUGUGAAGUGGUAACUGUCAAAAGGCCUGAGCAAGCAGUACAAUAA